GCUUUCACUACCGAAACCCUACCGACAUGGUUUUGUUUUGAUGUGUGAAAGAGAUGGACACUACCGAACGAGCUCGAUUGCUACCUAAACAAUAGACACGAUCGUUUGACCUACCCACGGGUUAGGUACAAAACAGAUGGGCAUCUAUCGGUGCUAUAAAGACGGUCGGUUGUGUUCGAAUCAUCAGCAAACGCAUCAAAGUGACAUUACGAGAAACAUCGUUUCCUAGUUUCAACAGUUUAUUUCCAACAUGGGAAGUCGAGUGUACAUCGGGAAGCUCCCAGUUGAUACUCGGGAAAGCGAUAUCGAGCGAUUCUUCGAAGGAUUUGGAAGAAUUAACGAAAUCCUUCUGCGGGGCAGUUACGGAUUUGUGGAGUUCGAAGACUAUCGGGACGCAGAGGAUGCCAUCUACGAGCGACACGGUGCAAAGCUGCUGGGACAGAAAGUGGUGGUGGAAGCAACAAGGAAACCGCCGCGUUCGGGUGGACCAAGGUUCCGACCGGGACCACCGGUGAGAACCAAUCAUCGUUUGAUUGUGAAGAACUUGUCUACCCGGGUCGAUUGGCGGCAGCUGAAGGAUUAUAUGCGGAAAGCGGGCCAGAUCACCUUUGCGGACGCUCAUCGGGAUCGACAGAACGAAGGCAUUGUGGAGUUUGAAACCCGUCACGAUAUGAAGCGGGGGCUGAAGAUGUUUGACGAUACAGAGCUCAACGGAAGAUACAUUCGACUGGUCGAAGAACGUGGAAGAUCUCGGAGCAGAAGCAGCAGUCGCUCAAGGUCACGAUCCUGGUCCAGGUCUCGCAGCCGAUCUCGAGGCCGUAAGUCGAGGUCUAUCGUUCGAUCCGCGAAGAGAUCACGGUCUCGAUCGAUGGAGAGCUCGCGGUCUCGUUCCAGAUCAAUAACGCCAGUCGGUAGUCGAUCGCGGUCCAGAUCGCCUUCCAGAAGCCAUCGAUCAAAGCGGACCAGAUCGCAUUCGAACUAUUCUACUAGAAGUCAUCGAUCGAAACGAUCCAGAUCGUAUUCGAAGUAUUCCGCUCGAUCAGAACGGUCCGGUGGGAGGUCAUCCCGUCGUGCUCGGUAUUCAUAAAUGAACAGUGAUAAUGUAAGUAUAAUUGAAUUCAGUUUUGUUAUUUCAAUAAAUAUAAUGAAAACUAAACGGCUGUUUCAUCUGUUUACUCGCAUGCUUUCAAAGUCUCUCAAAACCAACAGCAUAAAAUCUCAAUUCAUAAAAUUAUGAAUCAAUACCACUAGAUUUCUUAUUUCGAUAAACGGUGGUCAGACAAUGGGUGGACACUUUUCACAGCUGUUGAAAUUCACAAUCUAACGAUGAAAAUGAAGCUGCUCGAUUGCUCUAUCUGUUUGGCUGCCCACAGUUGAGAUUGGAAGUUAGUCGACAAAAAUCUACUUUGCUUGGUUGUUUCAGUGUAAAUUUUUAGAGUUCUGAUUUUAAUUUCGGGCUUGAAUUCCUCUUAAAGCAAUAUAACUCACGACCCGAUGUCCAUCCCCAUAAUGUUUACACAAUUCAAUUUGUCUUC